AUUGACACUUGACAGUGCCGCGCUGAAUCAGUUAGCUAAUUAUGUUUAGAAGAACAAAUGGCAGGCCUCCAAUUUAUCUUAUUGGGGGUUUGGCUAUUAGCGUGUUGUUUUUGACGAUUAGUUAUUGGAACUUGAACACACAAAACAAUGAUGUUCUGCAGUCACUGGAGAAAAUGCAGGCUAGUCUGAAGAUCGGUGAGAUCAAGAUUGAACAAAGUGAGAAGAAAGCAGCAGCUCUUCAAGAUCAGCUGCGUGAGUCCAAAGAUCAGAAUGAACAACAAGAAAACAAACUCAUCCUUCAGGAGCAAGAAAUAAAAAAUUUCAACAGUGAUUUAAGGAAAAGGGAGUAUGAAAUUUCAUCAUUAAGAGAUGAAGCUGAAGGUCUGCAAGGCAAACUAAGAGAAGCUGACAUCAGAAUUGGAGACUGCGAGUCUGAAAGUGGGAGGCUCACCCGAGAAAAUGAUCUGCUCAUAUCCCAGCGUGAUGACGCAGUGUCAGCUCUUGGCAAACGUGAUGAGCAGAUUAUUGAGCUCAACAGAAAGCUGCAGAUGGAGCGUGAGUGCAACAAGCAGCUUGAUGCUAACUUGAGCGCUAUGAACAGGCAGCUCGCCUCCUCCUCUGCCCGCUUAUCCCAGCUGCAAGAAAGGAAUGGCAGACAAGAGCCACAACUCCAGCAGGAAGGGCAUGUACCCAAGGUAGCUGUGGACAACCGACACAACUCUGACACAGGUGGAGGAGAAGUGGGAGAGGCAGGGCACGACGCAGGCCAGGAGGUUGGGGUGGUGGCGAGGCCUGAGGCUCCCGACGCUGCAGGUGGUGACCGUCAAUCGGACGCAGCGCUCGAGGAAAAGGACGGGAACGCCGUGAACGUGCUGCCCGCCCCCGUCCCCGGCGUCGGUGUCCCUGUGUUAGGCAGUCAGCAGGACGCAGUUCUCCCCGCGCCCGGCGUGCGCAGUAGCAAGGCUUCUUCGCCUUCGCCUGCGUCGCCGUCAUCACUUCAGCUCCCACACGCCGCUGCGGCCCCACAAGACGUGGCAUUACUACAGCCCGUCAGCAGGAGCAGCACUCGAGGUGCCAAUGCUCUCUUGCUGAACCCUCACUUGCCUCUGCAACAGAAUGGUGGCUUCAUCCCGCCCCCUCCCGGGGCCAAGCAUGACCAAAUCCAUCUCCCUAUUGAAUCUUUGAGAAUGGAAAACAUGGGAAACCAGAUGGUCAUUGGCAGAAAUUUUUUGAAAGCGGUACCUAAUGUUCCCAUUAAUCGCACGUUGCCGUUACAAUAUCAUGGUGUAGAUCUUCCGUCUGAUCUGCAACCUCCCGUUUACGAACCGCCGUUCGUCAACCGGCAUUUUGAGCCGCUUCAGAGUUAUGUCCAUAUACCACCUCGAACUUUUGACCACAUGCCGCCUCAGGAUAAGGAAGAACUUCAGCGCCUUGAGGAACUACACAAACUGCAGCGUGAACAGCAGCAACAAUACGAACGUCAUCAGCAGCAUCGGUUACAGCAGCCACACGACGCCACCCAGAGCCGUGUUAACGAAAACUUUGGCCACUUGGACAACUUCGUUGCUAUCGGCCAAGACCCAGAUAAGAACGCCCGCAAACCGCUGCCUCGUGACGCCAUAGAUUUGAGUCUCUACCACAACAGGGCCGACUAUCCUGAACUGCGUCAGGCAGUGUCGCUUCUGAGGGGCGACAGGCAAGGUCGAGCUGCCGACUUGACUGGCGGACGCCGAGUCUUGACAGGCGGCGACAAGGCUCCGGCGCACCAGCCCCCCAACGAUGUACUGCCUCCGCCUCCAGACUUCAGCGCUGCUGGAAGAGCGCGAGAUAACUUGGACGCAGCAAUAGACGAAGGGGAGCCGCUUGGAGACGACCCCCUGAUGCCGGAUCAGGACCCCGACGGAGGCGACGGCGCCCCCAACGAUGAGGCGCUGCAGGACCACCGCCUGCACGAGGACCGCGUGCACGACGAGGCGCUCAACAGAGUGGCACGGGCCGCGGCACCUCGUAAGGACGGCGUCGGGCCUGACGAGGGCUCGAAGGGGAUGAUGGCUACCAGGGGCGGAGGUGGUUUGAGGAGCGGCAAUGGGGCUAAGGAUGAGAAAGGGUCGAGAGCUGGCAGCGAAUUAGAGGCCGGUAAUAAUGUGAGGGAUGAUAACGCUUUAAGGGCUGUUCAAGGGGCUCAAAAUUCGGGUGUUGAAGAUGCUGGACACGAUCUAAAUAAAGCGUCGCUCGUAGACAAACUUGACCAAAAUUUGAGAGGGGAUAAGGAAGAAGACGAUUUACAGGUGCAAGAUUUAAUUGGUGACCGCAAAGCAGCUGGCAAUGAAUUUUUCGCCAAUGUUCAGGGCGCGUCUGUUGUAAAAGCCGCUGACGUUGGAGACGAGGCUGACGAUGUCGUUGGUGAACGUCAGGUCAUCGAGGACGCUGCUGUCGACGAUGAACCUGAACUUGGGGCCGAUGAAGAAAGAGUGGACGGGUUUGGGAACAAAUUAGGGAAAGAGAGUUUUGUGGACGGUGCAGGGGAUGUCAUCAAUAAGGACAAAGGGCGGGCUGGUGAUGUGGACUACCACCUUCAGGAGAACGUCGGGGAGAGCCCCAACUUGGGGGAAAGUUUGAACGCCCCUGAAGGGGAGGAAGAAGAGGGGGAUUUUAAGCUCGAGCCUCGGAGGGAGGAUGUCCCUAUUAGAAUAUCUGCGUGAUCAAAUAUAUAAUUAUAUGAUAAGUUAUUUCUUACUCGCUUACGAAGUCCAAUGUUUAGCUUCAUCGUUGUGGAACAUUAGACAACUCGUACCUUUACUGUACAUUAAUCUAAUGAAUUUCAGUGUUAUAAAUAUGUUGGAAAUUAGAGUAUACAAGAUCAAUAUUGCGGAGGCAAUUAUGAGACUGUUGCUCUUGGAUCUUCGCAUAAUGAGAGCCUAUUUUUUUCUUAUUAUUUGCCUUGCUUUCGAUCAAUAGUCGCAUACAAGUUUUUUUGCGUGUGUGAAUAUUGAAAUGUUAUGUUAAAUUAAAAAUACAAGAUAUGAUUCAAUUUUAUAUACGUAAUAUUUUAUCGAUGCACAAGAAUUUAAUAUAAAAAAUACAAAUUUACAACAAUAUGAAUAAAUAAUUUAUGCAGAUUCAAUUAUUUAAGAGCCGAACGCCUUCAGCACUGUGGACAUGAAUCCCUAAAACCUGAAAGCAGACCCACGACUUGUCUAUUGGUCAUAAAUAAGAGCCGCUCUCUUAUCAUCAACGCUGCGGCUUCCUGACCAGUCGGCCUCACUGUUCAUGAUUGACCAGUAAUUGCUAUUGUUGUACUAGCGAUUUUAAAUUGCUUUGUUAGAGUCAUUGGCGGUAAUACCGUUCUUGUAUUGAGUGAAGAAGAGCUUUCUACCCAAUAAUUAAACCGGUUCUAUUAAAACUUUCAUGAAAUUAGUUGGGUCUUCACUAAAGUUUGAAAUAACUAAAGAUCACUUGUUAAUGUUAUGGGAAAUUAAUUUCGCAUUUGCUUGAAAUUAAUUUUGCCUCUCAAUAUAUUGUAAAAUAAAGGUAGCAGUCUUUUGCUGCGUUACCGAUGAUCUUGGAUCCUACCGCGACCUGUUUUAACGAGCACAUCAAGGCGCCUUUGGUGCGAGUAUUUUUACGCUUUUGCUUGCCUUUCAGUCUAUGAUUAUAAUAUUCGUGCAAUUGUUAUCGGUGUGCCUGCCGGUAUGGCAGUAUGGCGGCCUGCUUUUAUGGCUGCCAUAGCAGUCGCUUGAUUUCAAUCCAGUUAAUGUUUGUAGAGACCAGCAGCGUCUGCAGCAGAUGCUACUGCUUCUGUGAGGUAAGCCGAGACAUGCUCAGCUGCUCUCGCAUUCUUUUCACCUUAAACCAGAAAUCGAAACAUGAUGUUAAACUUAGAAUUGAGGGAGCUUGUCAAGUUCUCGCACUUCAAAUUCAUUAACACAUUUUCGUAUGUUCGUCGGCUUUGAGCUUGGCGCAGGACAUGUGUUGACAGCUAAAUUAUAAAUGUUAAUUGACAGCUACGAACACUAGAUAUUAUUUCUGCAAGUCUUCACCUUCAGCUGUGUGCAAGAUCGAUGUUAAUGCUCGAACUAAUGUAACUAUUAUGUUCAAUAUUUAAACAAUAUCAAUUUUUAUAAUGCAAUUCACAAAUUUUCUUGGUUUGCCUCCCAUUAUAAGCAAUUAAAUAUUUGCUAAUGUUAUAUCUACCUGAAGUGUCGAUAUUUGUUAUGGUUGAGAGUGUGUGCGCUUCAAUGUUUCUUAAUUCUCAUGAAUAAUUUUAACCUUCAUUUCUGUAUUGGUCUGUUAUAGCAAUGACCUCACUCGUGGUUGUGAUACUUCAGAGUUUAGGAAAUGAGCAUCAGCUCUUAUAUUGUAUUUAUUAGAUCGGUUACAAUUGCAGUUGUAAUAUCUGUAGGAAAAUUAAUUUAUUGUCCUGUGCAUUAUUUUUCUUAUUUAAACAUAUUUCAGAAUUUCUGUAUUUUAUACAUCAAUGAGUGAUUUCGUUUGGAGAAAUGUGAGUUUUUCGUAGCCAAUUAGUUAUUGUGGGCUGUGUUCGUGAUAUUGUGGAAGACACGUCAUAUGUUUUGUGUUUUUAUUAUUCAGGUAUGAAAACCUUGUGAUGAAAGUUUUUUAUAUGCCAUUUAUUGUUUAGUUUUGCUUGCCUACGCGUUGUUGCCAAGGUACGGAAUGUCUUAUUGGCUUAAGCUUAUGUUUUCCUUGUGAACAAACACUAAUUUUAAUUAUUCCUAAAUGCGUACAAGUAAUUUUCCCCAUUGCUUACAAGCAACGCUAAUUAAAUCAAUUCCAUUAUUUGCGCGAUCAUCGGCUAAAUUUUUUUUUUUUUAGUUGAGGUUUUUUUUU